GAGCUGUAGAGUUCCGCUCUCCGCACACCUCGAACCACUCGCUCCUGAGGAACACAUGUCUCUUGUGAACUGAGUGGGAAUCCAGACAGCAUCCAGUGUGUGUGUUUGAGUGUGUGUGUGAGUGUGUCAUGAGUGUGUGGCCCCUGCUGCUGGUCUCUGUGCCGCUGUGUAUCUUCACACGGGCGCUGGAGAGGAUCGAGCUCCGGCCGGAUCAUGCGCUCACCUGUGGACAGGGUAUCAUUCACUGUGAAGUAAAAUCAGGGGGCCCUACUUGCAUUCAGGAUGAUGAGCAUGUCUAUGUGAGCAGUCUAGACGCCUACAUCGUGCAGUGCCAAAAGCAGCAGACAUGGAGCUUGUGCCUGAAAGUCCUGGUGAACGUCACAGUCACAGAUGCAGAUCAACCUGUGACUGGUGAUGGCAGUGGUGAUGAAAAGGCAGAGGAAAUGCAUGGAGGCGCUCAUCAAGAAGACCUCGACAACAUGACGCCUGCCUUCGCUGUUUGUGUGUGUUUUUCGUACUCUUCACAGAGCCACUCCAGCAUGCUCUGGUUCACAGUCCGUUCUUCAGCGUUUGAUGACAGCACUACUCUGCAGGUGUGGAUGUCUUUUGUGGUGAACAUACCGAAGGCAGAACUCGGCAAUUUUGUCCUAGUCCAUUCUUCAUACUCAAACUCCACUAAACGUGUCGUUCUCCCUUCAGAAGAAGAAGCGUGUUCCAAGGGUUUGGAUGCCAUCUUCUGUAAAGUAGCUCCCAAGCUGCACAAGAAAACUGACAAUGUGACAGGAGCAAUGAUACUGUAUGUGGCCAAUGCAGAUCAAGAGAGAUUUCAGGAGUUUAACGCGUGCCAGAAGCUGGACAGGAAGGGACCCUGUGUUAAGGUGGAAUGGAAAAAUGCCAGCCAUGAGUUUAAGAUUUCACUCAGCUCUGUCGCCCCCUGUCUGUGCUUUGAGAUUUGGGGACAAUUUCUCCGAAGAGAGUAUUGCCCAUUUUUGAACGAAACAGCUGUCUCAGGCUCCAGCGUGUCCAUGUCUUUGGCAGAGAAUAAAACUCGUCACAGGCAGCCAGUUCUGGUCUGGAGCCUCAGCGCCCCCUGCAGGCUGGAGGCUCAGCUGUGGUUGUGUAGGAAGGGCUCAGGACUGGACAGCAGCUGCCACGCGGUCAGCAGCAGAUCUCAGGUCCACACCCGGCUGAACGACAGCUGGAAGGAGACCGACAACAGACACUGGCAGUUAGAAGGAGAGUUUUUACUAGUGGAUCGUAAUCCUUCAUUGUGUAUGCAGGUUAAAGUGUCAGGAAUGGAUGGUUACCUGGGACCAGUAUGUCCUUUUGAAGGGGAGAGGGCUCGCUGGAGCGUCCCGCUGGUGCUGUGUGCGCUGCUAGUGUGCCUGUCGGUGCUGGCAGCCUAUGCAGUGCAAGGGACACUGAAGAGCUGCGUGUUCAGAUGGCUGAAGGUGGACGAUGUGAAGUCUGCGGCGGGGGGCAUGGAGGUGCUGCUGGUGUGUCCUCCCGAUGCGGACUGUGCCAUCGCUGAGCUGGUGUGCCGCCAGUGCUCCAGUCUGUGCGCCGUGGGCUUCAGCGUCUCUCUGGACCUGUGGAGCCGCUCGGAGAUCAGCGCCCUGGGGCCUGUGCCCUGGCUGCACUCCUGUAUGGACCGGGUUCAGCAGCGCGGGGGCAAGGCGGUGCUGGUCCUGACCCAGGGGGCCUGCGAGCGAGCCGAGGAAUGGGGCUGUCAUGUUGCCCAGCGGAAACCGGAAGAAGAAAGGCAGACGUGGGUAAACAGGGGUGUCCAGUCACUGACGUGCUCCGAGGUCUUCGAUGCAUCGCUGAGCUGCAUUCUGGCCGACUAUCUGCUGGGUCAAGCCGGAGAGCGGUUCAUCCUGGUCCGGUUUGAUGAGCAGAGCCCUGUGACGACCCUGCCGGAGUUCUUCAGGGAGCUGCCUUUGUUCAGCCUGCCUUCUCAGAGUCUGGACUUCAUAAUGGAGCUGAGGCGAGGGGCUGGUAAGGGACAGAGUGUGUCAGAGCGGUGGCGUCCAGAGCAGUGUCACGCUCGCUCCGAGGGCUCCCUCAGGACUCUGUAGAGCCUGGGACAGAGGAAGCCUGGGAAACUGUCCCGCUACAGGCAGACCAGUCGAGCCCUGCUCUCCACACCAAAACACGCACUGAAGGCUGGGUCUAAACUAGUCUUAGCCAGACCUCUGAUAAAAACACCACAGUAAUCCACAGUACUCCAGUACAUCAGUUAACAUCUUGAG